GUAGAUGAGCUUUAGAAUGAAUUCAGAAGAUACUCUUAACUAUGCAAUGCUCAUACGCGUUGUAGCCAUUGUGGUAGCCUAGGAAACGUCGAACCCGCCCAUAGACAAAGGGCGGGAUUUCCGGUGUGACUCUAUUGGGAAAUCAGGACUUCCGGUGGCGGGUCGGUUGCUGGCUGCGGAGCGAGCUCCACAGUGAGUCCGUUCCCCUUCACAGCAUCCAAGGAUGUCACAGCUUGGAUCCAGGGGCCGCCUGUGGCUGCAGAGCCCCACCGGUGGGCCACCCCCUAUAUUCCUGCCGUCGGAUGGCCAAGCCCUGGUCCUCGGUCGGGGACCCCUUACCCAAGUGACGGACCGGAAGUGCUCCCGAAACCAAGCUGGGUGUUAACCCAUCAACUGUUGGGGUCCAGGAGUUGAAGCCAGGGGUGUCUGGCUCUCUAAGCGUGGGGGAUGUCCUUUAUCUGGUUAAUGGCCUAUAUCCCCUGACCCUGCGCUGGGAAGAGAUCAGCACACCAGGAUCCCCGCCAGACACUCCACCAGGCAAUCCUGUGGAUCCAGAGGAGGGAAAGGAUACUGAGCCUCAGAAAAAGCGAAUGCGGAAAUCCUCCCCUGGCUGGGAGAGCUUUAAGCAGUUACUGGUGUUCACAGCGUCUGGAGUGAAGCCCCGGGGCAAGGUGGCUGCCUUUGACCUAGAUGGGACCCUCAUCACCACCCGCUCUGGAAAGGUCUUCCCCACUAGCCCUAGUGACUGGAGGAUUCUGUACCCAGAGAUUCCAAAGAAGCUCCAGGAGCUGGCUGCUGAGGGCUACAAGCUGGUAAUUCUCACCAACCAAAUGGGCAUCGGGAGAGGCAAGCUGCCAGCAGAGGUGUUCAAGGCCAAGGUGGAAGCUGUAUUGGAGAAGCUAGGAGUCCCAUUUCAGGUGCUGGUGGCAACGCAUGCAGGUCUAAACCGAAAGCCAGUGAGUGGCAUGUGGGACCAUCUGCAGGAGAAGGCCAACGAGGGCAUCCCCAUCUCCAUCGGGGACAGUGUCUUCGUGGGAGAUGCAGCAGGGCGCCCAGCCAACUGGGCCCCAGGGAAGAAGAAAAAGGAUUUCUCCUGUGCAGACCGCCUGUUCGCCCUCAAUGUUGGCCUACCCUUUGCCACUCCUGAAGAGUUCUUCCUCAAAUGGCCAGCAGCCCGCUUUGAGCUUCCAGCUUUUGACCCGAGGACCAUCUCCAGUGCUGGACCCCUCUACCUCCCAGAGUCCAGUUUCCUCCUGAGCCCCAACCCAGAGGUGGUGGUCGCAGUAGGAUUCCCUGGGGCCGGCAAGUCCACUUUCAUCCAGAAGCACCUGGUAUCGGCUGGAUAUGUCCAUGUGAACAGAGACACGCUGGGCUCAUGGCAGCGCUGUGUGAACUCAUGCCAGGCCGCACUGAGGCAGGGGAAGCAAGUCGUGAUUGAUAACACCAACCCAGACAUCCAAAGUCGGGCUAGGUACAUCCAGUGUGCCAAAGAUGCUGGUGUGCCCUGCCGCUGCUUCAGCUUCUGUGCCACAAUAGAGCAGGCACGCCACAACAACAGGUUCCGUGAGAUGACUGACCCUUCACAUGCGCCGGUAUCAGACAUGGUCAUGUUUAGCUACAGGAAGCAGUUUGAGCCGCCCACACUGGCUGAAGGCUUCCUGGAGAUCCUUCAGGUCCCAUUCCGGUUACGGGAGCAUCUGGACCCUGCGCUGCAGCGACUAUACUGCCAGUUUUCCGAGGGCUGAGUCCUCAAUAAACACUGCUGCUACUCUGCUCAGCCAUCUUGCUGGGGUUAUGGAAGGCAAACCAGGUGUCAUGGCGUUCCACAUUGAGCUCAGGCUUAAACGUAGGCUCUUGUGCACCCAGCAUACCUGGCCCGGGAACUUGAGCGGCCACAGGCAUUUUGUGGUGGGGGAACCAUGUCCUAACUGACCAGUCGGCAAUAAGUAUCAACCAGGUGUAGAACUGGGCCUGAGCCUGGGGUCUCGGGAUGUGAGGUUUGACCAGGUACAGGAGAUUGUAACAAUUAAAAGAAAGGCUGUAGUGUGGGUACCUGUA